AUGUCAGAAAGUAUCAAUAGUAGCAAUAAUAGUAGUAGCAAAAAAGACGACGGCAAUUCGAAUGCACCGCCUGCAGAUGGAAAAACUGAAAAUGCUCCCGCUGAAAAUCCAUUAGAAACCGGACAAUUUAUCGAUUUAACCAAUGAUUUAUCAACAAAAUCGAUGGAUUAUCAAAAACUAUGUCGAAAUAUUUGGAGAUAUUUGGUGAAUUAUACACCAAACAGUCCGAGACCCACAUGGAAUCCAACAAUUCUUCUCAAAUUAUUGCAAGAUGUUCGAGAAAAAAUGGAUGGAGAAGUAUUGAUUCCGGAGAUUUCGACAACACAAAAACCAACAAUUGUUUUUGGACCGAUUUUUGGGGAAGGAGAUUCGCUGGUCACUUUGAUGAGUCAAGCUGGAAUGCCACCCGAUGUUAAUUAUGUUAUGUUGGGAUGUUAUACUGGAAAGGGUUUUGGUAAGUUUGAUAUUCAACACUCGGAUAACUAGAUUUUCGAAUUCUCUAGUUUCGUCCCAAAUUUUUUUUGAUAAGUCCUACCAAACUGUAAUUUGAAAUCUAUAUUUUUCAGCACCACUCGAAUGCAUUUGCCUUCUGCUCAGUAUGAAAAUGUUAUAUCCCACAAAUAUGUAUUUAUUAAAGGGACAUCAUGAAGAAUCGCUGUCUCUUGAAAUGCUCAAACUUGGUAAUUGGCUUCAGUUACGUGGAAUACCUCUAAACACUCCUGAACAUCAACAAAUCAUCGACGAAAUGAAGAAAUCGUGUUCCGCAUUUUCGCCGGCUGCAUUUUUGGAUUCACGUAUUUUGUGUAUGGCUGGUGGUCCGGGACCAUUGUUGCGAAAAAAGAAUGGACUGAAGAAAUUGAUGAAAAUGCAGCGAAAAUUGAAAUAUUCGGUGAAAGAGAAGAAUUUAUUGAUGGAAUCGAGUUGGUCGGUGAUGAUAUUGAAUGAGGCGCAGAAAGAGAUGCAUGGAAUGCCGUAUUUUACACCAGUAAGUGAAUAUGGCCUAGGAAUUUCAUUCGAUUUUUAGUCCGCCGAAAAAAUUUCAUUCAAAAUGUAGAAUUUUGGCUCACAUCAAAAUUUCUACAUUUUUUUUUCGAAAAAAAAAUCAAAAAAAAAUUUCAUUCAAAAUGUAGAAUUUUGGCUCACAUCAAAAUUUCUACAUUUUUUUUCGAAAAAAAAUCAAAAAAAUUUCAUUCAAAAUGUAGAAUUUUGGCUCACAUCAAAAUUUCUACAUUUUUUUUUCGAAAAAAAAUCAAAAAAAUUUCAUUCAAAAUGUAGAAUUUUGGCUCACAUCAAAAUUUCUACAUUUUUUUUCGAAAAAAAAUUCAAAAAAAUUUCAUUCAAAAUGUAGACUUUUGGCUCACAUCAAAAUUUCUACAUUUUUUUUCGAAAAAAAAUUCAAAAAAAAAUUUCAUUCAAAAUGUAGAAAUUUGCCUCACAUCAAAAUUUCGACAUUUUUUUUCGAAAAAAAAAAUCAAAAAAAAAUUCAUUCAAAAUGUAGAAAUUUGGCUCACGUCUAAAUUUCUACAUUUUUUUUUCGAAAAAAAAUUCAAAAAAAAAUUUCAUUCAAAAUGUAGAAAUUUGCCUCACAUCAAAAUUUCUACAUUUUUUUUUUCGAAAAAAAAUUUCAAAAAAAAAAACAUUCAAAAUGUAGAAAUUUGCCUCACAUCAAAAUUUCUACAUUUUUUUUUCGAAAUUUUAUUUUUUUUAUUUUCGCAGCCGUAUAAAAUCCAAAUUUUUCCAGGAACAAGCCUCUGAAUUCUGUCAAUCGAAUAAUUUGCACUGUCUAAUUCGUGGUCGCCAACUUGUAGAUCAAGGUUUUUUGAACAAACCAAAAGAUGUGAUAACAAUCAUCUCAGCUGUCGCAUAUUUGGAUAAUUUUCGAAAUUUUGCGGCUGUUUUGAAGAUUCAAGGACCAAAAGGAACAAUUAUUCGAUAUAAAAUGGAAGAAGGCGAACAAUUAUCAUUAGAACUUGUGAAACCAGGAAUUGGUAGAAAUGUUGUCGCAUGA